AUGGAAGAGAAUGUGUUCAGUGUGCAGCAGAUCCAGCCCAACGUCAUCUCGGUGAGGCUCUUCAAGCGCAAGGUGGGCGGCCUGGGUUUCCUGGUGAAGGAGAGGGUCAGCAAACCCCCUGUCAUCAUCUCCGACCUGAUCCGGGGAGGGGCUGCAGAGCAGAGUGGCCUCAUCCAGGCUGGAGACAUCAUUUUAGCAGUCAAUGGCAGGCCCCUGGUGGACACCAGCUACGAGAGCGCGCUGGAGAUCCUGAGAAGCGUCGCUUCCGAGACGUACGUGGUUCUGAUCCUGCGGGGCCCCGAGGGCUUCACCACUCACCUGGAGACCACUUUUGCAGGCGACGGGACCCCCAAAACCAUCCGUGUCACCAGACCCCUCUGCCCGACCCCCAAGGUGGUCGACUUGUCCAACCCCAGCCCGCACGGCAAAGAGCAGCCGGCGCCGACCGCCCCGCGCGCCAUGGGCUCCCUGUGGACAAGGGAGGUGGGGAGGGAGGUGGAGCCCAUGGUCCACCUCAAUGGGGUAGUCACCAGCAGCAAAGGGCAGGAUGCUGGGAAGGGGAAGGAGGGGGCUCGUGGUCACCCUUGCCUGAAUGGUGGGGUGGAGGACAAUGAACUGCUCAAAGAAAUCGAGCCCAUCCUGGAUCUGCUGAAGAGCAGCAGUAAGGACAGCGAUGGAGAUGCACCCUCCAAGGUAGAGACAAGGGAUAUAGAAGUCCAGGUGGACUGGUAGAAAGCCCUCCCACCUCAGAUGGAGAACGACCGUGUCCUGGGUGACCUGUGGGGGAAGAGCAACGUGCCCGUGGUCCUGAACAACCCCUACUCUGAAGCAGAGCAGCCACCACCAUCUGGGAGACAGUCCCCAACCAAGAGCACAGUGAAUGGGAGUCCUUCCAAAUGUCCCCGUUUCGUCAAAAUCAGGAACUGGGAGACGGGCUCAGUGCUCCAUGACACCCUGCACCUCAAGACAGCCAUGGCCACCGCCUGCACCGAGCAGAUCUGCAUGGGCUCAGUCAUGACGCCUGGCCAGUACCUCCAUAAGUCAGAAGACACCAGGACAAAAGAGGAGUUGCUCCUCUUGGCUAAGGACUUCAUUGACCAGUACUAUUCCUCCAUAAAGAGAUCUGGCUCCAAGGCCCACAUGGAAAGGCUGGAGGAAGUGACCAAGGAGAUUGAAGCCACUGAUACCUACCAGCUGAGGGACACAGAGCUGAUCUAUGGAGCCAAGCACGCCUGGAGGAAUGCAGCCCGUUGUGUGGGAAGGAUUCAGUGGUCCAAGCUGCAGGUGUUUGAUGCCCGGGACUGCACCACAGCCCAUGGGAUGUUCAAUUACAUCUGCAACCACAUCAAAUAUGCCACCAACAAAGGGAACCUCAGAUCUGCCAUCACCAUCUUCCCGCAGCGCACGGACAAGCAGCACGACUUCCGCAUCUGGAACGCCCAGCUCAUCCGCUACGCGGGCUACAAGCAGCCUGAUGGCACCAUCCUGGGAGACCCAGCCAACGUGGAGCUGACAGAGAUCUGCAUCCAGCAAGGGUGGAAGGCACCGCGCGGGCGCUUCGACAUCCUGCCCCUGCUCCUCCAAGCCAACGGCAACGACCCAGAGCUCUUUGAAAUCCCCCCGGAGCUGGUGCUGGAAGUGCCCAUCAGGCAUCCCAAGUUUGAAUGGUUCAAGGACCUGGGCCUGAAGUGGUAUGGAUUGCCAGCCGUGUCCAACAUGCUCCUUGAGAUUGGUGGCUUGGAGUUCUCUGCCUGCCCCUUCAGUGGCUGGUACAUGGGGACAGAGAUCGGGGUCCGGGACUAUUGUGACAACUCUCGUUACAACAUACUGGAGCAAGUAGCCAAAAAAAUGAACCUGGAUAUGAGGAAAACUUCAUCCCUGUGGAAGGACCAGGCCCUGGUGGAGAUCAACAUUGCUGUGCUGUACAGCUUCCAGAGCGACAAGGUGACCAUUGUUGACCACCACUCAGCCACUGAGUCCUUCAUCAAGCACAUGGAGAACGAGUACCGGUGCCGUGGGGGCUGUCCUGCUGACUGGGUCUGGAUUGUCCCACCAAUGUCUGGAAGCAUCACCCCAGUUUUCCACCAGGAGAUGCUCAACUACCGGCUCACGCCCUCCUUCGAGUACCAGCCUGACCCCUGGAACACCCACGUCUGGAAAGGAGUCAAUGGGACCCCCACCAAGAAGAGGGCCAUUGGCUUUAAGAAGUUAGCAAAAGCUGUGAAGUUCUCAGCCAAGCUGAUGGGACAGGCCAUGGCCAAGAGGGUCAAAGCAACCAUCCUCUAUGCCACCGAGACCGGGAAGUCGCAGGUCUAUGCAAAAACCCUGUGUGAGAUCUUCAAACAUGCUUUUGAUGCCAAGGUGAUGUCCAUGGAUGAGUAUGACAUCGUGCACCUCGAGCAUGAAACCAUGGUCCUGGUGGUCACAAGCACCUUUGGCAAUGGAGACCCCCCUGAGAAUGGAGAGAAAUUUGGCUGCGCGUUGAUGGAGAUGAAGAAUCCCAACUCCAACCUGGAGGAGAGGAAGAGCUACAAGGUCCGUUUCAACAGCGUCUCCUCUUACUCGGACGCACGGAAGUCCUCAAGUGAUGGCCCUGACUCCAGGGACAACUUUGAGAGCACAGGACCUCUGGCUAACGUCAGGUUCUCUGUGUUUGGGCUGGGAUCUCGUGCUUACCCCCAUUUCUGCGCCUUCGCCCGGGCGGUGGACACCCUCCUGGAGGAGCUGGGUGGAGAGAGGAUCCUCCGCAUGGGAGAAGGGGAUGAGCUCUGUGGCCAGGAGGAGUCCUUCAGGACCUGGGCCAAGAAGGUCUUCAAGGCAGCGUGUGACGUGUUCUGCGUGGGGGACGACGUCAACAUCGAGAAGGCAAACAACUCCCUCAUCAGCAACGACCGGAGCUGGAAGAGGAGCAAGUUCCGCCUCACCUACGUGGCUGAAGCCCCUGAACUCACACAAGGACUCUACAGCAUCCACAAGAAACGUGUCUACGCUGCCCGGCUCAUCACGCGCCAGAACCUGCAGAGCCCAAAGUCCAGUCGCUUGACCAUCUUCCUGCGCCUCCACACCAACGGGCACCAGGAGCUGCAGUACCUGCCUGGGGACCACCUGGGUGUUUUUCCAGGGAACCAUGAGGACUUGGUCAAUGCCCUGAUUGACAGGCUUGAAGAUGCCCCUCCAGCCAACCAGCUGGUGAAGGUGGAGCUCCUGGAGGAGAGGAGCACAGCUCUAGGUGUCAUCAGCAACUGGACAGAUGAGAACCGUGUCCCACCAUGCACCAUCUUCCAGGCUUUUAAGUACUAUUUGGACAUCACCACCCCUCCCACCCCCCUGCUGCUGCAGCAGUUUGCUUUGUUGGCCACCAGUGACAAGGAGAAGAAACGUCUGCAGGUCCUUAGCAAGGGCUUGCAGGAAUACGAGGAGUGGAAGUGGUCCAAGAACCCCACCAUCGUGGAGGUGCUGGAGGAGUUCCCCUCGGUGCAGAUGCCCUCCACGCUGCUGCUCACACAGCUCCCCCUCCUCCAACCACGCUACUACUCCAUCAGCUCCUCCCCAGAGAUGUACCCAGGAGAGGUCCACCUCACCGUGGCCGUGGUCUCCUAUCGCACGAGAGAUGGAGAAGGACCAAUCCACCAUGGAGUCUGCUCCUCUUGGCUCAAUCGGAUACAGAGGGAUGAAGUGGUGCCCUGUUUUGUAAGGGGGGCUCCCGGGUUCCACCUGCCCCAGGACCCCCAGGUUCCCUGCAUCCUCAUCGGCCCCGGCACCGGCAUCGCCCCUUUCCGCAGCUUCUGGCAGCAGAGGCUUUUUGAGAUCCAGCACAAAGGUCUGAAGCCUUGUCCUAUGGUCCUGGUGUUUGGCUGCCGACAGUCCAGGAUUGACCACAUCUACAAAGAGGAGACCCUCUUUGCCAAAACCCAAGGUGUCUUCAGAGAGCUGUACACAGCCUACUCCCGGGAACCAGACAAACCAAAGAAAUACGUGCAAGACGUGCUCCAGGAGCAGCUGGCCCAAACCGUGUUCAAGGCACUGAAGGAACAAGGAGGCCACAUCUACGUCUGCGGGGACGUCACCAUGGCUGGGGAUGUCCUCAAGACCAUCCAGGGCAUCGUGAGGCAGCAGGGCCAGCUGUCGGUGGAGGAGGCUGGUGCCUUCAUCAGCAAGCUGAGGGACGAGAGCAGGUACCACGAGGACAUUUUUGGGGUCACCCUGCGUACGUACGAGGUGACGAACCGCCUGAGAUCCGAGUCCAUCGCCUUCAUCGAGGAGAGCAAAAAGGACACGGACGAGUGA